CCAUCAUUGAAGACGAUUACAAUCUCUACGAACACUUCUCCGAGAGUUUAGAGCGAACGGCAAUGAAUUGUCGCAAAAUCUCUACCUUUCCAUACUAUGAGAGGUGGGCGCUAAUGGCCAUCGUUUUGGUCCUCAAAAAGAUUUUCAUUCUCAACGAUUCAACCGAAAAACGUUUGUCUGAUUGCGAUCUCAAAGACUUCUUUAGUUGGAGUGAAUGGGAACAGUAUUCGCGCGUUAGGCUCGACAUGAUCUACUCAUACACGUGCUCACUCUAUACCGGAGAUUCUGAACGAAUUCGAGACCAGCGUCUUAUAGCCGAGUACUCACUGAAGCGCUCGGAGUAUGAGAUGUCGAGAAUGAUUGAGUGCAUCAAAAAGAAGAAUGAUUGGAAAGAGUUUGACUUUCGGACUGAUAUGCAGCACGAGUUUACAGCCCUUCUCUACGAUAUGACGGAUUCGGGUUCACCUGAGUUCGUGAAGCACUCCUUAUAUCCAUUAACCACUGCAACAGAAUUGGCAUUAAAUCUGAAUAAGUGUUCGUCAGUGAGUGAAGUGUUGUCCACUAGCUUUCAACACAAACGACUGAUUGGUUGGACGUGCCCUCACGGCAAGGUAUUCCACAGGGGGUACGACUGUUUGGCCAGAGAUCCCAAACGGUGGUCCUCGUCGUUCAAACUACUCAUACAAUUAAGUUGUGUUUUGCUUCGCUGUAAAACCCAAGAACUAAUUCCAAUACUCUUUAAAAUGGAGAAAAUAUAUUUCAUUAAACAAAUCGCGAAGACUAAGCGAUAA